AAAACUAACAGAGAACUCGAAACUUCACUUUCUCUAAGUGCGCAGCGCCGCAGAAUCAGAAACAGAAGCAGAGAUGGCGGGCGCGUUUUACGCAGAGGACUUGCGCUGUUCCGUGUGUCUGCACAUCUUCACGGAGCCGGUGACUCUCUCCUGCGGACACUCGUUCUGCCGCAGCUGCAUCACCGCGGUCCCCUCGGCUCAGUGCCCGCAGUGUCGCGCUCUUUUACCGGCUGCAGGUGAACUGGAGCACCUCGUCACCAACCACAUCCUGAAGAGCCUGGCGGAGAAGGCCAAAGAGCGGCCGCUACAGAGGAGCGGACCCGGGCAGGAGAAGCUGCUUUGCCCGGAGCACGAUGAGAAGCUCAAGUUGUUCUGCGUCACAGACCAGCAACUGGCCUGUAUCAUCUGCAGAGACGGAGAGGCCCACGACGGACACAAGUUUAAACCAAUCAGAGAGGCCGCUGCCUCACUGAGGCGGGACCUGGACCUGGGACUGUCCAACAUGGCGUCUCAAAUCGAGGAGAUCCAAAACCUGAAAGACGCACAGAGCCAAGCGAGGAGCACAGCCAAAGAUCUGUGUGGAAACCUGCAGAGCCAGAUCCACAGGCAGUUUGAGACUCUGCAUCAGCACCUGAGGAAGAGGGAGGAGCAGAUCAGGGUCGAGCUGAAGACCAAAGAGGAGACGACAGUUCAGAAGAUGAACCACAGUCUGAGCUCCAUGGACACAGCUCUGGCCCAGUGCAGAGAGCAGAGGGACAGCUGGCAGCAGCUCCUGCAGGUCACAGACCCAGAGAUGUUCCUCAGACGUUGGAGUGAAGAACAGAGCAACACUGCCUCAAAGGACCUGUUCAAAAGGUGGUCUGAGGGCCUGUCUGUGGUCCAAAGUCCUCUGUUUCAGGGCCCCUUCCAGAGUCACUUACAGUUCUUCAUGUGGAAGGAGCUACUGCAGGUGGUGGAGCCGAGGCCAGAUCUCCUCAAGCUACGAGACGACAACAGCUCCCUCACUGUGUCUGAAGACAAGAGGAGCUUCCACUUCGCACCUCAGAGCUGGAGGCAACCACCAUUAUCUGGGAUGAAUUAUGGUCACAGGUUUGGUAACAACUUGCCUGAGAACAAGAAGAACUUGCUUGUAGGUGUUAACCGGCAGCGCUCUCAUUCACCACAGGUUGGGAUGCUUGGUGGGGGGCUCUUUGGUCAAGCGGUGGUGAACGUUCCUCAAACCUUUCCCUUGUUCAGCACCAAUGAGUUCUCCAAUGGGCAGCACUACUGGGAGGUGGAGGUGGGGCAGAGGAGCUUCUGGUGUGUGGGCGUCACAAAUCACUUCCUCAAAUUUGAAAAUCAGAAGUAUUUUUCCUGUAAACGGGAUAAGAGCGUGGAGGUUUCUCUCAGAGGUGUUCUCCGGAGGGUGGGGGUUUACCUGGACUGCUCCUCUCCAGGUCUCUCCUUCUACGACGCAGAGUCCAUGAAGCAGAUUGUCUCGGUGGACUGCACAGGCCUGGUAUUCCCUGUGUCUGCGUACUUUAACAUCCAGCAGAGAGAGCCAGACAAAAACCCCAUCAUUAUCUGUCGCUACUGAACCACAGAUGAUCUGUCUGUGGACAUGACAUUGCCCCUGUCUGUAAAUGUUGCUGUCAUGGUCGUUCUUAAAGGGACAGUUCAGAAUUUUGGACAUUGGUAGGGUCUCAUUUCCUAGUGAGCCAGGGCAUUGGAGACGUGUGGAGACACUUUUUGAAAUAUUCCAUCCAGUCCUUGUAUUUGCAGGACUUGAUCCUGGUGUUUUUAUUUCAAUCUUUUGUGUGUAAAUCAAGAUAUGAACAUUAAUAACAGACAAAUCUGGUGCCUUCCUUACUCUGAGGUUGUUCUUGCUAUUGUUAGCAGCAGGUUUGAUUAAGUUGUCGCUUUCUGCCAAACCAGCGCUGAAGGGGUGUCACCUUUAACAGCCUUUGUCCUGAUUGGCUCUUUAUAUGACAUUCGUGAUCAGAAUUCCAAAUAUGGAUCUCAGCUUCAGAUUAUUUGCUCUUCAUUUUGCACUGAGAGGAAGUUUCUUUGGAGUUUUUUUUUAGUUAAAGUUCACUUUUGAUGACACUGAAGGCUUAAAUGGGGUAUAAAGUACAUGUGUAUUCAUUCUGUGAUGUAAUUGCAUGUUUGUUCCACUAGAGGGAGAUGUCAUCCUGUUUAGUGGUUCUGGGUGGUUGUGUGUAAAUGUGAACACUAAUGUGAUCAUUAUUACAUACACCGAUUAUUACAUAUUGUGUUAGGGUUGUGUCUAUUCAGUUUUUUGUAGAGCCCAGAAUUACAAAAGCCGGAUUUCAACUUGACAAACUUGAUUCAAUGUGCGUGCUGAUUGUGUUGUGGUUGUUUUGGGCAAAUAUAACAUUUUCCAAACAAUAAAAGGUAACAUGGUGA